GGCAUCUUCAAUUCCGAACGCAGCCAAAAAGUCGUUCCCAACCCCAAUUCUACAGUUCACACGAAACUCCAUCACAUUCCUAAUCCCAUUCCAUCGAACGCUUGGAGAGCAAAACCCAAUUGUCUCGCUCACUCGCCAUUAAUGGAGGAUUUCCAAGCGCUUCCCCACUACUGGGGCAGCACUCCCGAGGAAGAAUAUUACCGUCAACAAGGAAUCAAAUCAACAAGCUCAUAUUUCACUUCACCAAGAGGCUUAUCUCUGUUUACCCGAUCAUGGUUACCCACCAACACCCCUCCACGCGGCCUCCUCUGUAUGGUCCAUGGAUACGGCAAUGACAUGAGCUGGACUUUUCAAGCCACAUCAAUCUUUCUUGCCCAGAUGGGUUUCGCUUGUUUUGCUCUUGACAUUGAAGGCCAUGGCAGAUCUCAAGGUAUAAGGGCUUAUGUACCAAAUGUUGAUCUUGUUGUUCAAGAUUGUUUGUCUUUCUUUAACUCUGUUAAACAAGAUCCUUCCUUUAAUGGGUUAACUCGUUUUUUAUAUGGAGAAUCAAUGGGUGGUGCUAUUUGUCUUUUGAUCCAUUUCGCUGAUCCUGAAGGUUUUGAUGGAGCAAUUUUGGUUGCACCCAUGUGUAAAAUUUCUGACAAAGUAAAACCCAGAUGGCCCAUACCUCAAAUCCUCACUUUUCUUGGAAAAUUUUUACCUACUUUAGCGAUUGUGCCUACUGAAGAUCUUAUGUACAAGUCUGUUAAGGUGGAAGAGAAAAAAGUUAUAGCGAAUAGUAAUCCUUUUAGGUAUAGGGGGAAACCAAGAUUGGGUACUGUUCUUGAACUACUGAGGGUUACUGAUUAUUUGAGUGGAAGAUUGUGUGAUGUGAGUAUUCCCUUCAUUGUGUUACAUGGAAGUGCUGAUGUUGUGACUGAUCCGAGUGUGAGUAGAGCUUUGUAUGAAGAGGCAAAGAGUGAAGACAAGACGAUAAAGAUUUAUGAUGGGAUGAUGCACUCGUUGCUGUUUGGUGAGACAGAUGAGAAUGUUGAAAUUGUUCGGCGUGAUAUUUUGUCUUGGUUGAAUGGGAGGUGCGAAGAAAGAGCUUAAUGAGUUCAUUGAGUUGGUGAUGAAUUGUUGCGGCUU